UGUUUGUCCAAACAAGCCUGACUGAAAAUCUUCAUUCAGACCGCGAUGCUCUUGUCGAAGUAUCUCCACAAUACAAUCAACAAUAAACGCGCGGUCAACAUACAGGUCCGUGCGCUGUGUGGCAGGCACAGUGGUCGGACUUUGAAGGUGUAGGGCCAUUCAACAAAACUGUCGCGUCGAGACGAACCACCCAACAUAUCUUCCUUUCGCUUCCCAACUCGAAAUAUCUCAGAUUCAACACUCGCACUGAUGUCCGACAACGAGGGAACCACUAAAAAGAGCGGUUAUCGCCUGGAAUACGCGAGUUCUGCCAGAGCCAAAUGUAAAGGUCCCAAGCCCUGCAAUGGUAGUUCAAUCGCCAAAGGGGAGCUUCGUGUUGGGUCUGUCGUCGAUUUCAGGGGGAACACUAGCUAUGCAUGGCGCCACUGGGGUUGCACGACUACCAAGCUCCUAUCCAACAUGAAAUCUCAAUUUGAAUCCGCCGAUGACCUCGAUGGUUUCGAUGACCUCAGGGACGAAGACAAAGAACGCCUUCGCAAGGCAUGGGAGGAAGGCAAGGUCGCUGACGAGGACAGAGCCCCCGGAGGAGAGGGUGAUGAAGACGAAGAGAAGCCCAAGAAGAGGGCACCAGCCAAAGCCAAGAAAGACCCGAGUGGAGAGGAUGGCGAGAAGCCAAAGAAGAAACGUGCACCUGCAAAGGCCAAGAAAGCGGAGGAAGACGAGGAUGAGGAUGCUGAAGACAAGCCAAAGAAGGUUCCUGCAAGGAAGCCUCGAACAAAGAAAGCCUUACCUUCAUCAGAUGCUGAAGAUAAGGGAGAGUCUGAGGAGAAACCUAAGAAGCGUGCGCCUGCGAGAAAGCCUGCGGCUGAAAAGAAAGUGGCUGAGAAGAAGGCUCCAGCCAAGAAGCGAGUUGCUAAGAAAAAAGACGAAGAGGAGGAAUCCGGCGAGGACUUUGCAGAAGCGAUUGCCGAGGUUCAGGAGGAGGAGGAGGAGGAUGCAGAAGAGUCGAACAAGAAGCGCAAGCGACCUACUUCUUCGAAGCCAGCAUCCACUGCCAAGAAAGCAAAAGUAGCUUCCAAGGCAAAGAAGUCGAAGGAAGUUCUUGAAGAGGAAGAAGACAACGAGUAGAUCCUUUAUUCUUAUAGCGACCUCUUUUAUCCAUUCCCUCGUGUUCACCAGGUGUCCGCGAUUUCACGCAUUCAUACCACUGCCAGUUGUUGAUGUAAAUUGUUCGAGUUCUCUUGUACGCUGUUGAGUAAUUUAAGCCUCGCAUUGACUGUUCAA